UUGUCUUAUGAGCUUAUAAUUGGUAGAAUCCUUUAAUUUAUCUCUUCAUUCCUCCAUUUGCUUUCUAUUAUCUUCAGCAAUGGCGCUGGCAUCAGCCAUCCCAGUACUCCCAUCGCUCUCGAUUAUCAGCAAUACCCUCCAUUGUUCGAACCUCAGAAGCUCUCUAUCUUUCCCCAUUAUCACUUCUCAUCCAAAGGUCGGGGGUUUGAGCAUAAAGUGCGUGCGUGUGGGAGGAGUAGAAAUACCCAACAACAAGAGAGUGGAAUUCUCGCUGCGGUACAUCCAUGGGAUUGGGCGAAGCAUAUCAAAGCAGAUUCUCUGUGACAUUGGCAUGGAGAACAAGGUGACCAAGGAAUUAUCCGAAGAAGAGCUCACAUCUCUCCGUGAUCAAGUCUCCAAGUACAUGAUUGAAGGCGACCUAGACUGGAAAACGGGAGCAAUUUUGUUACGAGAGGAGAUUCAACGCUCUUGCAAUUAGGAGAUUGAAGGACAUUCAGUGCUACAGAGGGAUACGACAUAUUAAAGGCUUGCCAUGUAGAGGACAACGCACAAAGAACAAUUGUCGUACUCUGAAGGGGAAGAGGGUGGCCAUUGCAGGGAAGAAGAAAGCACCUCGCUAAUUUAAUUUAAGAUGUAUAAGCAUGGUCAGUGGCUGAACAGCAGUCGCUGCAUAUCUCACUGUUGGUUGGUAACUUGGUAUAAAUAUACCCCCCCCCCUCCCUCUCCAUUUGUGUUAUAACUUUACUAUAAGUAUAACCCACCCCAAGAGUUGCGUAUGUCACUGUUUGGAUUGUAGCUAGACUAGAACGAAAUUAUUACAUCACUAAAAUGUUACUCCCUCCGUCCCUAAUCUUUCUCCCUUUUGGGCUGGGCACAUUUAUUAAGAUAGUGGGAUUUGUGUGGUGGAGAGUUGUGCAGAGGAG